AAGUUUAUAAAAUCAAACAGAGAAACAACAAAUAAUUUACUGCUGAUAUUUGUAUGAUCUUUUGACAAAUUAUGAGUUCUGGUUUUGGUUUACUAGCUGCAUCCAUCCUUGGCCUUAUUGUCGCCGGAUAUAUCGCUCAAAGUCGGCUACCACCGCCAAAACCAAAAAUCGUAGGUAUAGAUUUAGGGACAACAUAUUCGUGUAUUGGAGCUUACGAAGCUAUCACUGGUAAUGUUUAUAUAUUUGAAAAUAAACACGGCAAGAAAACUAUGCCCAGUAUUGUUAGCUUUACCAAAAAAGGCGUUAAAGUUGGACAGGAUGCCCUUGCGAUGGCAGAAGCUUACCCCAAAUUGACUAUCUACGAUGGGAAACGAUUCAUAGGUAGAAACUUCACUGACGAGGAAUUGAACGAAGUAGCAAAUUUAUAUCAAUUUAAGCUUGGUAAGAAUGAAACAGGGAGAGUGUUUUAUAAAGUAGAAGACAAGGGAGUUGAAAAACGAGUUACACCUGAGGAAAUUGGAUCUUAUAUUAUCAAAGAACUUGUGCUUGAUGCUGAGAGGAAUAUAUCUAGGAGUAUUACAAAAGCUGUUAUGUCGGUGCCAGCUGAAUUUGACAAAGAUCAAAGAGAGGCGACAAAAAAAGCUGCUCAGUUAGCUGGCAUUGAUGUACUGAGAAUAAUAAAUGAACCGACUGCGGCCGCAUUAGCGUAUGGCUUACACGAACACAGCCACAUCACAAAUGUGAUGGUUGUGGACCUGGGGGGUGGCACGCUUGACGUAUCACUAUUAAACAUUCAAGGAGGUAUGUUUGUUACCAUGGCAAUGGCUGGUAAUAAUCGAUUGGGAGGACAGGAUUUUAACAAUAGACUUUUACAAUACUUUUUAAGAACAAUUGAGGAGCAAUAUGGCAAACAUCUCCUUAGCUUGGAAGAUAUCCAGAGGCUACACCAGUUAGUGGAAUCUGUGAAAUUAAAUCUGACAAUAGACUCUCACGUUGCAGUCCACUUUCCGCUGCCAUCUUUAAAUAGUGGUAAAUCAUUGGCAGCUUUUGAAUUGAACAUAACACGUUUAACAUUUGAAAAACUUAACAAGGAUCUUUUUGAGAAAGUUUUAGACCCUGUAAAGAAAGUCCUUGAGGUAACUGAGUUGGAACAAAGCGAUGUUGAUGAGAUUGUUUUGGUCGGUGGUUCAACAAGGAUACCCAGGAUUAGGCAAAUUAUAAAGGAUUAUUUUAAUGGUAAAGAACCAAAUGUGUCCAUAGACCCUGAACUAGCUGUUGCAACUGGAGUCGCCAUUCAAGCUGGAAUUUUAGGUGGUGCUUGGCCAUUGCAUGUUUCAGCAAUUGAAAUCCAAAAUCAAGACUUGAAGAAAAUAAAUGUAUAGAAUGUUAGAAAUGUGUAUUGCAAACAAUAGAGAAUAAGGUAUAUAUACAUAUAUAUAUAUUUAUUAAUACAACUACACACAUAAAUUAACAUGUUAUAACAAGUUAUAACAUUACAAGGUUCUUGUCAAGCCGAUAUUGGGAUGUGUUCCCACUGCUUGUUCCUAGUUGUUGCGACAGAUCUUGAAAUAGUUGUUAUUACCUUACAAGUUGUUCCAACAAGACUAAAUGCCUGUUUCUAACAAGUUGCUCAAGCUUGUUGUCAACUUGUUUACAAGUCUUGUUAUGUGCAGUGCAGGUGAUAUCAGACUUGUUGGAACAAUUUGUCGCAAAUCUGUUGGCCUCAUCAAUCUUGUUGCUAGACAAUUACAAAUUUUCCCACAUUUUUCAACAAUUGGGAACAAGCAGUGUGAACAAAUCUUCUUACAAGCUGUGAGAUUUUUAUGCAUGUUGAAUAAUUUAUUUUUCAAGCCGAUAUUUGCACUACUUGUUCCCAUUUGUUGUGACAAAUCAGCUAUUAUCACCUUAUUACAAGGUUGAUGACAUAACAGACUCGCUACUAGUUGCUCCAACAAGAUCAAAUAACUGUUUAUAGCAAGUUGAUGCGAACUUGUUGCAAGUCUGUUGCCUCAUCAGCGUUGUUACUAGAUGAUAACAACUUGUUCCACACUUUUCAACAACAGGGAACAGGCAUGGGCGGAUUUACUGGAGGGGAGGGGGGGGGGUUAAACUUCCCCCUACAAUUUUGCUAACGUACCCCUCUUAUAAAGUGUUCAACUCACCAAAAUUUUCGUUUCACCCUAACCCCUGCUGAAGCUCGCUCAGUGAUGCCGCUUGCACCCCACUAGAAAUUUUUCCAUCUCUCCUUUAAAAAAAUAUGAAAAUCCGCCCUAGUUGGGAACAAGCAGUACGGAUACAUUUUGUUGACAAGCUGUGAGAUUUUUAUAUGUGUAGAAUUAUUUAAGUUAUAGUAUUUUGCUAUACAUAUUUAUAAUACCUGUAGACACCAUUUAUUUUAUUAACUAUUCUGCAAGCUUAUUGGUUCACAACUUCCAGGAUAUUAGUAGAGAUUAGAUGGUCACAAGAAAUGGCAAUUAUAUUAUAUGAAUGGCAAUUAUAUUAUAUGAAAGCCAAUUAAAUAGAGCAAAC